UCAAUCAUUCAGAUGCAUCCUUCUUCUCCCUUUGCCUGUUUUUCUUUCCAAUUCUUGGGUUCAUCCUCGGACCUCGACUUGUUAACUGUGAACAAAUUCAUCUUUACAGUUUUUACAUGGCAGCUCCGCUUCUUCCUUCUUCAACCCCCUGGUCUCAACAUGAAUGCAGCCUUCAUCGCUUCUUCUAUGGUGAACAGUUGUUUCCCAGUCCUGCUUCAAAACAUAAGCUGCUAAUCCAGAAGGCUGGUGGCAAAGUUUCUCAAGUUAGGGCAAUAUUGAGCUCCAGCACAAAGCUGCAGGCAGUUCAAAUUCCCACGCAAUGGUACAAUCUUGUUGCAGAUCUUCCAAAAAAGCCUCCACCAGCUUUGCAUCCGAAGACGCAUAAGCCAGUCAAAUUUGAAGACUUGUCCCCUCUUUUUCCUGAUGAGUUGAUCAUGCAAGAGGUCACUGAGGAAAAAUUCAUUGAUAUUCCUGACGAAGUGAUUGAUGUCUACCGGCUUUGGAGGCCAACACCCCUUCUUAGAGCCAAGAGACUUGAAAAGCUACUUGGAACUCCUGCAAGGAUAUAUUACAAAUAUGAAGGUGUGAGCCCGGCUGGUUCGCACAAGCCCAACACAGCUGUCCCACAAGCUUGGUAUAAUGCACAACAAGGUGUAAAAAAUGUUGUGACAGAAACUGGUGCCGGCCAAUGGGGUAGCUCGCUGGCUUUUGCUAGCAGUUUGUUUGGUCUGAACUGUGAAGUAUGGCAAGUACGUGCUUCCUAUGAUCAGAAACCAUACCGCAGAUUGAUGAUGCAGACAUGGGGAGCCAAAGUACACCCAUCUCCUUCUAAUUUGACACAUUCAGGGCGGGAAAUCCUCAAGACAAACCCAACAAGCCCAGGAAGUCUAGGAAUAGCAAUUUCUGAAGCUGUAGAGAUUGCAGCAUCAAAUCCAGAUACAAAAUAUUGCUUAGGAAGUGUUCUUAAUCACGUGCUUCUUCAUCAAACCAUUAUUGGUGAGGAAUGUUUAGAACAGAUGGGUGCUUUGGGAGAGAUACCCGAUAUUAUAAUUGGUUGUACAGGUGGAGGAUCCAACUUUGCAGGCCUCAUAUUUCCAUUCAUUAGAGAGAAACUUAAUGGUAGAAUGGAUCCUGUAAUAAAAGCUGUUGAACCCACGGCAUGCCCUUCACUCACGAAAGGGAUAUAUGCAUAUGACUAUGGAGACACUGCUGGAUUAACUCCCUUAAUGAAGAUGCAUACCCUUGGCCACAAUUUCAUUCCAGACCCUAUUCAUGCAGGCGGCCUAAGAUACCAUGGUAUGGCACCACUUAUUUCACAUGUCUAUGAGUUGGGUUUUAUGGAAGCAGUGGCAAUUCCUCAAACAGAGUGUUUUGAAGCUGCCAUAAAAUUUGCACGGACAGAAGGUCUGAUACCAGCUCCUGAACCUACUCAUGCCAUUGCUGCUGUGAUAAGAGAAGCCCUGAAUUGUAGGGAAACCGGAGAAUCGAAAGUUUUACUCAUGGCAAUGUGUGGGCAUGGACAUUUUGACCUCACUUCUUAUGAGAAAUAUUUGCAAGGAAAAAUGGUUGAUCUUUCAUAUGAUGAUGAUAAGGUGCAAACUUCAUUAUUGGCCAUCCCUAAAGUUGCAGUUGAAAUUAAGUGAUCGGGCUUCGCAAGCAUCCAGGAUUUGCUUUCAUCGCUUUUUCCGGACCUGACAGUUCUGCUUUUGUUGUAAAAAUAUCCUCAACUUCCAAAAUUUAUAGCAAUAUCAUCGUUUCUUUUCCUUUUCCAAUAGGCAGUAAAUAAGAAGAUUGUUUGCGAAAGCAGAUUUUGCUGCUCAUUUUUAUGGAA